UUUUCGUGGACAGUUAAUGAUCGUAUCAGUUCCCGGUGAAAUUUCCAUUUCCGAUUGGAUAUAAUCGGUUUGCCCGAGUGUCUUGAGAAAUCGAUAAAAACUGAUCAGUAAUGGGGAAGGGAGGCGAAGACUACGGGAAGGGAGAAAGUUCAAGUAUUCCGCCAUCCGACCGAGAUGUUUUUCCAGCGUGGUCUAAAGACCCGCAAGAGUGUGAAGAGAAAUACCGGGUUAACCGAGUCGUAGGAUUAUCAUCUGAAGAAGUGGAAAAGAGGCGACAGAUUUAUGGGUAUAAUGAGUUGGAGAAGCAUGAGGGUGUGUCGAUUUUUAAACUGAUCUUGGAUCAAUUCAGCGACACCUUAGUUAGGAUUUUGCUGGCUGCCGCUGUUGUGUCGUUUGUUUUGGCUUGGUUGGAUGGUGAGGAAGGUGGAGAGAUGCAAAUUACUGCAUUUGUGGAGCCCCUUGUGAUUUUCUUGAUCUUGAUUGUGAAUGCCAUUGUUGGAAUUUGGCAAGAGAACAAUGCAGAGAAAGCGCUAGAGGCAUUGAAAGAGAUCCAAUCGGAGCAGGCAACUGUUAUACGGGAUGGAAAGAAGAUACCAAACUUGACCGCAAAGGAACUCGUGCCAGGUGACAUUGUGGAGUUGAAGGUUGGUGAUAAAAUUCCUGCUGAUAUGCGGGUGUUGAAUCUUGUAAGCUCGACCUUUAGGGUCGAACAAGGAUCUCUCACCGGAGAGAGUGAGGCAGUUAGCAAGACUGCUAAAGUAGUUCCAGAGAAUUCAGACAUUCAGGGAAAGAAGUGUAUGGUUUUUGCUGGGACAACUGUUGUGAAUGGGAAUUGUUUUUGCUUGGUUACGCAGAUAGGAAUGACCACGGAGAUAGGUAAGGUGCACUCACAAAUCCAUGAAGCAUCACAAAGUGAGGAGGAUACUCCUUUAAAGAAAAAGCUGAAUGAGUUUGGAGAGGCUUUAACAUCAAUAAUUGGAGUGGUCUGUGCACUCGUGUGGCUUAUUAAUGUGAAGUACUUUCUUACGUGGGAAUACGUGGAUGGGUGGCCUAAAAAUUUCAAGUUCUCUUUUGAGAAGUGCACGUAUUACUUUGAGAUAGCAGUUGCCUUAGCAGUGGCUGCAAUUCCUGAAGGUUUGCCAGCUGUUAUUACAACAUGUUUGGCACUUGGCACGCGGAAAAUGGCACAAAAGAAUGCUCUUGUUAGAAAAUUGCCUAGUGUCGAGACUCUUGGCUGUACAACAGUCAUAUGCUCUGAUAAAACGGGUACUCUGACCACGAAUCAGAUGUCAGCGACAAAGCUUGUUGCUAUGGGUUCUCAGCCUGGUGAUCUACGGUCAUUCACUGUGGAAGGGACAACCUAUGAUCCUUUUGAUGGAAAAAUUCAGGACUGGCCCAUGGGGCGAAUGGAUGCUAAUCUUCAAAUGAUCGCAAAGAUUGCUGCUGUUUGCAAUGAUGCUGGUGUAGAAAAAUCUGGAAAUCAUUUUGUAGCCAGUGGAAUGUCCACUGAGGCAGCAUUAAAGGUUUUGGUUGAGAAAAUGGGAUUUCCUGGAGGCAUUGAGGAUGGCUUGUCUUCUGGCCAAAGUGAUGUACUACGUUGUUGCCAACUGUGGAAUAAACUUGAAGAACGGUUUGCUACUCUUGAGUUUGAUCAUGUCCGAAAAUCCAUGGGGGUUAUUGCAAAUUCAAGCUCUGCAAAAAAGAUGCUGCUUGUGAAGGGUGCUGUGGAAAAUGUUCUUGAAAGAAGCUCCUUUGUUCAGCUCCUGGACGGUUCCGUGGUAGAGUUGGAUCAGUACGGCAGGGAUCAAAUUCUAGAAAGCCUUCUUGAAAUGUCAACUAGUGCACUGCGUUGUCUAGGCUUUGCAUACAAGGAGGACCUCCCUGCUUUUGCUACUUACAAUGGUGAUGAAGAUCAUCCAGCUCAUGAGCUUUUACUUAAUCCAAACAAUUAUUCUUCAAUUGAGAGUAAUCUCAUUUUUGUUGGCUUGGUUGGGCUAAGGGAUCCUCCUCGGAGGGAAGUCCGUCAAGCAAUUGAGGACUGCAAAGUAGCAGGAAUACGCGUGAUGGUAAUUACAGGAGACAAUAAGAAUACAGCCGAAGCUAUAUGUCAUGAAAUCGGUGUGUUUGGAUCUCACGAAAACAUUAGCUCUAGGAGUCUAACAGGAAAAGAGUUUAUGAAUCAUCCUGAUCAGAAAAAUCAUCUAAGACAAAGUGGAGGGCUAUUGUUUUCAAGGGCUGAACCACGGCAUAAGCAAGAAAUAGUGAGGUUGCUCAAGGAGGAUGGUGAAGUUGUUGCAAUGACUGGUGAUGGUGUCAAUGACGCACCUGCCUUGAAAUUGGCUGACAUUGGUAUUGCAAUGGGCAUUGCUGGAACAGAGGUGGCAAAAGAAGCCUCUGAUAUGGUUCUAGCAGAUGAUAACUUUAGCACUAUUGUAGCUGCUGUUGGUGAAGGCAGGUCAAUCUACAAUAACAUGAAGGCUUUCAUCAGGUACAUGAUAUCGUCAAAUAUUGGAGAGGUGGCCUCUAUUUUCCUUACUGCAGCACUGGGUAUACCUGAAGGCAUGAUCCCUGUUCAACUUCUCUGGGUUAAUCUUGUCACGGAUGGACCACCAGCUACAGCCCUGGGAUUCAACCCUCCAGAUAAAGAUAUAAUGAAGAAGCCUCCAAGAAGAAGUGACGACUCACUGAUCAGUGCUUGGAUAUUGUUCCGCUAUCUGGUGAUUGGGCUCUAUGUUGGUAUAGCAACAGUAGGCGUAUUCAUCAUCUGGUAUACUCACGACGCAUUCCUGGGCAUUGAUUUGAGUGGAGAUGGCCAUAGCCUUGUGACUUACUCACAGCUUGCUAAUUGGGGUCAGUGCCAUUCUUGGGAAGGCUUUUCGGUCACACCUUUCACUGCUGGGUCUAAUGUAUUCGACUACCGGUCAGAUCCAUGUGAAUAUUUCCGUGCUGGAAAAAUCAAAGCCUCAACUCUCUCCCUCUCUGUCUUGGUUGCCAUCGAGAUGUUCAAUUCCCUUAAUGCCCUCUCUGAGGAUGGGAGCCUUCUGAGCAUGCCGCCAUGGGUCAACCCCUGGCUUCUUCUGGCUAUGUCUGUUUCAUUUGGCCUGCACUUCUUGAUAUUAUACGUGCCGGUCCUUGCUCAAAUAUUUGGCAUCGUUCCUCUCAGCCUGAAUGAGUGGCUCUUGGUGUUGGCUGUUACUUUACCUGUGAUUUUAAUUGAUGAGGUUCUCAAGUUUGUGGGAAGGUGCACGAGCGGAUGGCGGUAUUCAGGUGCACAAAGGUCUUCAAAACAUAAAGCAGAAUAAAGAUUCGUGGAAAAGAAGACCGUAAAAUGGGAUAUGUGGAAUUUUUGCCCAAUCGUAGGUUAAGAAUGACUGACUUUUUACCUGGCUGUUGGUUCCAUUCCCGUUUAGAAUGGCAUUGUGAGCUCCAAUUGCAUGGUUAAUGCAUUAUUGUCAAUGAUAACAUUUUCAUAUGUUUAAACAGUAGAAUUUUCUUAGAACAUAUAGUUGCCCCAAUCUCAUCUUUCAACUUCUUAAAGAUAUGUGGAUUUUUUUCAUCUCCUCAAAGCUGAAGCAAGUCGUUUCAAUGUGCUGUUUUGAGUUA